AUGGUGUUAGAAGCUUCCUCACAUGGCGCUCAAGACGGUAGUCUUAGGACUUGUCAGUCCGGUGUCAGUAUAAUGUUACUGGAAAGAACUGCAACUUCUUUUACUGUGAAUUCAACUGUCAGCGAGACGAUAAACGCUGAAGACAACCAGCUGGAAACUAAAAUGGUAUGGUCGGAUAAAACAUUGUCAGAGGCAAGAGAUAACGUUACAAAAAUAAUUAAUAUAACUGGGAUUGAGAGAAAUUCAUCUAGCGUGCAGGCAGAAAGAAUUAAACAAAUUUCGGACGUCUGUAAAGAUAAACAAUUUAUGUCUAAUGCAUUAUAUAGAAAAAGCCAAACUAUGUAUUACUACUCAAAACAAUACAAUUUCUCAUAUUGUAAAGUGCCAAAGGUAGGAUCUACAUUUUGGACUCAAGUGUUUAAAAUUCUUAAGAAUGGUAAGCAUGGAGAAAAUGUUUUCAAACAAGAAAGGAAACAUGUGCAUCAACAGUCAACACAACUUGUUGUCCGCUUCAAAAGCAAGCGGAGAAAACAAUCAAAAACAGUUUUAGUUUCUCGAGACCCGUACAGUCGAUUGUAUUCGGCUUUUAUUGACAAAUCAUUUUUAUUUAUGCACAAAAGUACGAACUAUGAUAUUCGAAAGCGGUUUCCAAAAGAUAAUGCAAGUGAUACUGUUUGUCCAACAGAUGUUUCUUUUCAGGAGUUUUUGGAUUUUAUCAUUUCAAAUGUAAAAAUGGGCAACCUGCUGAACAGACACUGGGCACCAAUUUCAAGUCUCUGUCGUCCGUGUGAUGUAAACGCUCAUAUACUUGUAAAACAAGAAAGCUUCUCCGCUGAUGUUGAAUAUGCCUUGCGGGCAUUUGGGGUUGAUGGUGAAAAGUUGGAUAUGAUAAUACCCGCACUACACAACAAUAGAAUAGAAGAUUCAGUAAUUAGUAUCGUUGAGACAUUUUAUGAUAAAGUUAAAAAGGCUUGUAUAGAUACAUAUAGUGUUUCUAAAAGAUUAUGGAAGUCCUUUCAAGUUCAAGGUUUCCUCAAGCACGAGUUAUCUUUUCCGGAUAAAGAAUUCGCUCAUAAAUUGUUAAGAAGCCAACUAAUGAAAGAUGUGGUUAUAGACUAUAUAAAUAGAUAUCCUAUGACGUCACAAGAACGAAACUAUCAACGACAUAAAGCUCUCGUUGAAGCUUACGCAAAUAUCAAAGAAGAGACACUAAAAGGAAUUCAGAAAUUAUAUGAAGUUGAUUUUAAAAUGUUUGGAUACGAUAUCAAUCCGCCGCAAAUGCGGGUGGAUCAAAAGAAAGUUUGA